AUGUGUUGGAAGACGUUGCUGCUUCUGCUGUUGUGUUAUGAUGCUCAGGACACUCUGUCCCACAGAUGGAGCAGGGCUGUGCUCUUCCCUGCCGCCCACCGGCCAAAGAGGUCCUCGUCGGUGCCCCUGAACCCCGUCCUGCAGAGCUCCCUGGAGGAAGUGGAACUCCUCUAUGAGUUCCUACUGGCUGGACUUGAGAUCAGCCCCGAACUGCAGAUCUCCAUCAGGGACGAGGAGCUCGCCUCCUUGCGGAAGGCCUCCCACUUCCACACCAUCUGCAACAGCGUGAUCCCCAAGAGCAUCCCCGACAUCCGCCGGCUGAGCGUCCACCUCUCCAGCCACCCCGGCAUCCUCAAGAAAGAGGACUUCGAAAGGACAGCGCUGACCCUGGCCUACACGGCCUACCGCACAGCCGGGUCCCAAGGGCAUCAGAAGGAUGUCUGGGCCCAGUCCCUUCUUAGCCUCUUCCAGGCCCUGAGGCAUGACUUGAUGCGGUCCUCAGACCCCAGAGCGUCUCCCUGAGAGACUGGCCAGCACCAGAACUGUGGAGCAGAGACCAGCACACAGUAAUCUAGAAAUUCUUCAUUCUCUACUCUAUUUACAGAGACCAGCCACAAAACAAUACCACCAACUCAGAGUAGCAGAGAUAAUAUAAGAAAACCCAAUGCUCUUUGCCCCUUGUAACUUCUUGACAGUCGCAUCUGAUUCAUCUCAUAACGUGACCUGGGCUGGAAAAAAAGGGCUGGAAUGGUAGUUCAAGAUGCCUCCAGAGGCCAAAUGUUUGCCUGGUGACAGGCAGGAGUCUCAGAUAUGCUUCAACACUGAGUGACUGUGACACAAACACCCAAGAGUGAAGACAGGGCUGGGGGAGACAUCACAGAAGUCUGGGUGUGGCAGGGGGAUGGGGGACAGAGCUCUUUGGUCCCGUCAGGGUGCUGGGUUGACUGAACAUCUUCCCAAGGUUCUGUAGUAAGCUCUAAAGAAACUAGAGCUAUAGACAAAAAUGAAUACAUUGUUAGCCAAGGAUACACUUUUCAGCUUUUCCAAAAGUCGCCAAGAAUAAUCAGUCGGAAAAUCAGUAAUAUUAUGACAUGUAUGUCUGGACUGUUCUUUUCUGAAGGCUGGUCUAAUACAGGGGAGGAACACAAAGGGGGCCCACAGAAACGUGACCAUCGUGCCUUCCUUCUUGAACAGAGAAACCAAGCUAAUGCAGAAAGGGCCAUAACAAAAGAGGCGGCACCAACACCCAGGCCUGCCUAUCCUAAUGCUAAAAUUAUCUAGCGUCCACCAAGAAUUAAGUGCUCCUAAUAAAAGUGAUUUUCAGAUGACAGAAUUUUACCCUUUCAAAUGCCAAAGCUUUCAUUUUGGUAAUAUUGACUUGAUAUCUUUUUAAGCUAUUCACAUGAUGUAUCUUAAGCUUUUAUUUAGUAUAUUGGAAACAUUCUAAUGAAGGAGUUAGAUGAGAUCAUCUCUAAGAUUCCCCUACUUCCGAAAUGUCCACUAUCAUUUAACUACCCAGGAGAUGUUACAGGGAGGACACCUGGACCUGAGACAUCUGCUGGACUAAUUGUCAUCCAACCCUGAAAGGUCCCAGACUUCGCUAAUUCUGUGCCUGGUGUGAGUUUUUCUGCUGCCUUCCUCACUGUCAGGCUGUUAAGAGCGUGCUUUUCUUUGCUACAACAUGACUUCCCCUUUGCAAUUUGUUCUUUCUUACUGGCCAUCACCUGAAAAACAAGAUAGUGAAUCUUAUUAUAAUUCUAUGUUAAGUAAGGGUUAAUAGGUGGAGGCCUCUGCUGGGAGUAAAACACCAGCUCAGAGAUCUUUCCAGCUUCUCCUAGGUUUGCAGCUGGUUUCUGGAGGAUAACGUUGCAAGAAGUCUGACUUUUGACUAAGUGAGGAUUCACUGGGCUAAAUUUGAUUCUGAAAUGUGUAUUUAACAAUUGUUCUGCAUUAUGACAAAAGCUGGUCUGGACUUCUAAAAUCUUUGAAUAAGUGAGCUUUGCAGCAGCAUGAGCUGCAUAAUCUUUUGGAGAAAUAUCAGGAUGCAGGAAGGUAUUCAUCAUCAGAGAAAAAUCUCGCUCUGCAUCCUGAUGUUCUCGGGCUCAGAAGAGGACUAGCUGUCAGUCUCUCUGGUUCUCAUUCCCGGAUGACACUGCUCUUUUGCCUCCCUCAAAUGCACGCUCAGAUAUAUACUUUUUGUUCAAUUUUUCUCUUUCUAGUAUUACAUGUUCACUUUGCCCUGGUUACUCCACUAGUCUUUUUCUUUUUUAAAAAAUUUUAGUUGGUGUCUCUGCUGCUCUGUCUUUGGGCCCAACUUGGAUUAUCUUUGUAUCCAUUCCUCGAUCCACCUCCAAGUAUCUUCUGCUGGAUUUCUUGCUCUAUCUCUGCCUGCCCAUAUUUGGAUGCUCACCGUCUCCUUCAGGUAUCACUGACUAAAACAAAGGUCAAGACAGGUUUGAGGGGGAGGGUAUAGCUCAGUGGUAGAGUGCAUGCUUGGCAUGCACAAUGUCCUAGGUUCAAUUCCCAGUCCCUCCAUUAAAAAAAAAAAAAAAGAUAAAUAAAUAACCUAAUUACCCUCCCCCUGCAAAAAAAAAACCUAAAUAAAUAAAUACCAAACAAACAAAAAAGACAAGUUUGGUAUUGCCCAGAAAUCAGAUUAGCCUCAUGCCCUACCUCCACUUUGUGUGAUUUUCCUGGAUGUGGGGCAGGGAGGGGGUCAGCAGAGGUCUCAAUCCCUGGACACCGUGCAAUACUCUGACAGUCAGAAGCUGUCCUGGGGCUCCACCCUUAUCAGAACGGAUCUGAGAGCUUUCUUUCAAUCACCAGGCGGAAAGACCCACCCUUGUCGUCCCUGCCAGCCAUGCCAGAAGCAUGGCUGCUCCUGGUAGUAGGAGAAUGGUCCCAGGGCCAGGGAGACCAAUGGCAGCUCAUUCAACCUGCCACAAAAAAUUAAAAGCACUCUUGCACUUAUAAAUCAGGGGCCAUACUUAGGUGGCAAUCAAUGACUGAAAAAAAUAGAAACAAGAGGAGUACAACCUUUUUAAAGACAAAUGAAAAUUUCAUUUUCAGUAACUAGAUACUUAAACACUAUUUCACUCUGAAUGUAAAUUAAUUAUUUACCCACAAAAAGUUUUAUAGUAAUGACUUCAUUUACAAAAUCAAAUAUUCCACUCACCGCUACCACCCAAAAACCCAGCUCUUUGCCCAAAGAGCAGCGAAGGUGCAGACUGGACAAAAACAGACUCUCCCAUUUUGCCUCAUUAAUGCCACACUGCACACACCACAGUCAAAACCAAGUCAUGUUUUGUCAUAUUUAUUCAUAGACUGAAGAAUCUGGGGUGUGAUAUUGGUGGUAGAAAUUUGCCCGUGACUUACUGGAACUAUUCUGCCAUUUCUAUACCACCGGGAAAUUUAAGGAUCUAAAAAUUCUGGCAUUUUCCUCUAUAGUUGGCAUUCUUAUGGCUACCUCUGGUGUCCCUCAAGAGACAUUGGAAAACAUUUGUGUGCUGAAAUUGUCAGUGCUCUGUCAUCUCACCUUGAAUCUAACUAAAGGAGAAUCACAUAAGUGGUAAAUCAGUCAGAAGGUAUUUCCACAGGUACACUGGUCUCAAGUUAUAUGCUUGGUACAUGACUUUAUAUGGUGCCCCUUGCUUUCCUAACUCAUUUUAACAUCUUCCUUUUUUUUUUUUAUUGUGGUAAAAAAAAAAUCAUGUGAAAUUUACCAUCCAAACCAUUUUUAAGUGUAUGGUACAGUGAUGUUAAUUACAUGCACAUAGUUGUAUGACUGAUCUCCAGAAUGUCUUUAUCUUGCAAAAAUAUUUCCAUACUUAUGAACCAGCAAUUCCCCUUUUCCCUCCUCCCAGCCCCUAGCAACUACCAUUCUAUUUUCUAAGAGUUUGACUCCUUUUGAUACCUCAUAGAAGUGAAAUUUGUCUUACAUUUCUUAAGCAAUAGAUAAAAUAAUCUUUUAAAAAAUAUUUUCUUUGUCUGAAAAAUGGAUAGACUCCUGAAGGAGAACUACUGGUCUCACUUUGUCACUCACCUUAACGUAAUUUUAUAAUUUAACAAAUACUCACUUGCGGUGUAAUAAAAAUGUCAUGAGCGAGUA